AUGAGUAGCGAGGAAGAUGAUUACGAUGAAAGUGCAAACUUGAGAGAUCCAGAGAAAGUAAGAAAGAAAAAAGAAGGGCGUGGACGAAUAUUAUCAAAAAUUCGGAAUAUUGGUCAACGUGUCAAAUCACGUAUCCGACGUGAUCGAUCAGUAUCAUCACAAUCAAUGAAUGAAGGGAACAAAUCGGAGGAUACUGAAACUGAGUUAGCUGAAAGUGAGUUCACUGAAACACCGGUGCAAACUACCGAUGGAGUUUCAUCGGAUCAACAAUUGGAAUCUGAAACAAACGAUUCGACGGAUAAUUCGCUUAACAAUAUGGCAUCAGAUAGGGAACGAAUAGUUGGUGCUGAUAAGAUGAACCAACUAAUGGUUGAAAUGCAAGAUGAGAAGGAAGACGAAGAUCUUGACAUGUUGCAAUCCUUUACUGUGCGGCUACAUAUAUUUGAGGCCCGUGAACUCCAUGGAAAUUGUUUGAAUCCUUUGUUACGAGUGAUAUUGGAUGGACGUUGCCGCUCGAGUCUAUCGCAACACAAUACAAAUUCACCGCGCUGGAAUGAAUCGUUUUCUUUCACGAUCCGAAAGUCCCUCCAGGAUAUGAUCCGGACGUGUUUGGAGUUCCGGGUCUACAAUACUCAACAACUUGCAAGUGACACAUUGAUCGGAGGAUUCCAAUGCGAGCUAGGAUACAUUUACAAAUCAGAACGACACUUGUUGCGAGAAAAAUGGCUUGUUCUUAGAGCCGACUAUCAAGAAGUUGUAACAGUUGGAGAGACUGAUCGAAUUGCUUCUUCCGAUAUACGUGGCUUCCUGAAGGUAUCAAUAAAUGUCCGUCGAAGCCUCGAUCCAACACCAGCACCAUCGUUACGUAGUAAGGUGAUACAUGACGACGAGGAUAUUUUGUUCUCCGGUUCACUAAUGCAAUAUACCAUGCUGAUAAGGAUCUUCCAAUUGUGCCAGAUAGCUGAUCGUCUACGAACGCAGAACGAUGAUGUUGCAAGACUAGCUGUGCAAGUUCAAAUUGGAAAACAAAGUAAAAUGACUCACGUACUGCCAGCUUUAUAUGAAGUGAUUGAUUUUAAUGAGGAAAUCAUGCUUCCUGUCGUUUGGCCAACCGUCUUUAAACAUAUUUCAUUUCGUAUUCUUCUCAUUUAUCAGACAAAAAUUCGUAAAAAGAAUAUGGAAAAAGUACUGGCUACUGCACACGUCAACUUAUCUGAUAUUUGUCAAUCAGGAUAUAUGAGUGCAAUGACAAGCGAUCUACCUAACUCUGACAAUCAAGGUUUCCUGCCAAUAUUUGGUCCAUCAUACAUAAGCUUUUAUGCAUCAAGUAAACGUGGAAUAACGAGAAAAAUCGAGAAAGCAAUACGAGAAGGAAGACGGCCAGGCGAUUGUUUUGUUGGUCGUGCUCUUGUCGAGGUGAUAUGUUUGGAAGAAGACUGCGGGCAAAGUUCUCGUGAUCCGGUGACGCCUGAUAUUGUGCUAUCACUGAAGCCACAAUUGCGUACAUCAGAAUAUGUAUUACUAUCUACAUUUUUUGCUGUAAAUAUGAUUCAUCCUAAGCUUAAAUGCAAAAAUGUGCGUUUUUCGUUGAGCAUAGGAGAAUACGGUAAUCAAGCCUACGGAAAGGUACCAAAAUGUACAGCACGAACACUUUCGGUUAUGCCAGCCUUUGCUGAGAAGUACUAUACGAUGCCAUGGGGAAAUCAUAAACCUGUUUGUGAAAUCCCUUGUGCGUGGGAGGAUGUUUCAUUUCGAAUGAGACACUCCAACGUUUUGCAGAAGAUAGCUAAGAUGCUGUUACACUCUUCCGGUUUGGCAAAACUGAAAUGUGACGGUAAAACAGAAGCGUCUUCAAUCAUUCUCCAUGCUAUUGAACAAGCUUGCGAUUAUUUUGCUAAACUGAGCAAAUGCAUUGAACAAGACUGGGAGUCACCACUGUCAUCACUGCUUGAUCGACAACGUCGUCUUGUCAUUAUUUCAUCCAUUGUCAAAAUGAUCGAGGAUUUUACUACACUGAAAUACGAUAAGAAAGACAUAUUCCAAGUCAACGAAAUUGCUCUGAACCAUCUGCAACGAACCGCUGAACUUUUAAUGAAAAUUUCAAAUGAGCCGGAGAUGUCAAUACCGGACGCAAUACUUUCGAUGUGCGAUGGUGACGAAUUACUUGCAUUCGCACGAAUUCCUGUAAAUGAAAUCUAUUAUCACAAGAAAGACUGUUAUCGGGGAAUGUUUUGUGGACGUCUGCGAGCAGUAACAUUAAAAUGGCCAAGCCAUGAUGAGAAGCAAGAAAAGAAGGAGCAAAUACCAGCCGUUGUUCAUCUUCGUCUUUGGUUUGGAAAAGUAACGGAUCGUAACAGUUGGGAUAAAGCAAUUAAGCCUGGAGUGGUUCAAUAUUUUGCAGAAGUUUUUGAAAAUCAACGAAGGCAUCUGGGUGGUCAGUGGAUGGAGACUGAUGGGAGAAAUGGUGAACCCUACGCUCGAUCGGAUGAAACAGGAAUUAUUCGAAUGUCUGAAGACGAUGUUAAAUUGUCUCAUGGAUGGUCUUACAAGGGAGCCUGGAAAAUAAUGUUUUGCCAUGAUAUGUGGGUUGGACCCGAUGCCGGCCAUUCACGAUAUGAGGAUGAAAUUUUUGAAGUGCAGGAGAAGCAAGAUGAUAUAUGGACUGAUUUAUAUUAUACAGGCGCAUCUGGUAACCCCAUUGAUAAUGCUCGUGAUCGAAACGCUCCCCCAGGAUGGCGGUGGGUUGGCGAUUGGACGAUUGACCUGUUCUGUGCAGGCGAUGCCGAAGGAUGGUCAUAUUCUUCGAAUGCAGCUAAUUUUGCUAAUGAUGACGCCAUUACCGAUUACAGAGAGCGGGAAGGACAUAAAUUUCGACGUCGGCGUUGGUGGCGUAUGAGAACGCUUGGAACAGGCACAAAAGAUGCUUUUGAAAAUAUCGAUGCUUUACGGAGAAGCAUUGAUCCUGAGCUUUGGGAGUAUGCUAGUGAUUUUCGUGAACCGGUACAUGUGCAAAAGAUGCCUGGUGACAAGUACCGACGCAGGCGAUAUGUUCGUGAAAUGGUAUUCUCGGCUAAUCUUAGCCAGAGAAGAAGACUGGCUCUUUAUUUGGCUGAAGAUGUUUCAGUUUCACCUCGGAUUUAUGAAGUUUAUGAUCAUGCAACACGUUGGCAAAUGCGUGCAUCAAUUUUAUGGGCCAAAGAUUUACUACCGACAAAUCGUCGUGCAUCGAGAGCAUUUGUUCGAGUUAUAUUUUUAAAUCGAUGUCAGGAAACGGCAAUCACUGAAAAUACUGUUGACCCGAUCUGGAAUGAAACGCUUAUUUUCAAGCGGAUAAUAAUAUGUGGUGGGAUGACGUCCGUCCGUAAAGAUCCACCAACAGUGGUGGUAGAAGUAUGCUCAGAAGAUUUCAGUUCCUCCGAAAUAUUUCUUGGACGUUUUAUGACAACACCCUCAGUUAUAUCACUUGCAACUGAUCAGCGUGGAACGCCUAAUUGGUUUCCGUUAUCACUUCGCAAGGAUAGACAGAAAGGCGCUUUAUUAGCACUAUUUGAAUUAUUCUUGUAUGAGGGUCAAGCUAUACACAUUGCGCCGUUGAAGCCACCACGUAAAAAACAAAGCAAUCGUUAUUCAAUAGCACGAAGCGUUUGUCCGAUUGUCAAACAGUAUACAGUGCAAAUUUUGUGCUGGGGUGUUCGGGAUUUACCUCGAUAUCAGUUGUCAUCUGUACGUAAUCCAUUUGUGGAAAUUCGAAUUGGUAACAAGAUAGCUCGAAGUGACGUGAUCGAAGAUGCGAAACGUAAUCCAAACUUCAAACGGCCAUUGAUAAUUCUGAAUGAAGUUCAACUUCCUGCUCAUUUUUAUUACGCACCACCGUUAACUUUUAAUCUGUAUGACAGACGUUCGUUUGGGCGUGAACCGCACAUCGGUAUUUGCGUUGUUCAUGAUUUUGCUAAAUAUAUUAACAAGUUACCGAAGCGUACGAGACGGGAUAUUUAUAGUUGGCAGAAGUAUGAUGAGACGUUAUCCUUCGAGGAAGCUUAUGAGAAAAGAAUGACGGUGAUAGAUUCCGAAGAAUAUUUCUUUGGUAAUUGCAUCAUCGACUGGUGGAGCAAAUAUUACAGUUCAAUUGGGGAAAGCGAAAAAGCACCAGGAUAUGCUGAUUCUGGAAUCGAAACAUUACGGGUGUUUACGUGUGCUCUUGAAGAUGUAAGUGAAUAUUGUGGGUUUUCUGACUUUCUCGACACAUUUAUCUUUCGGAAAAUGACUAAAGAAAACAUCGAAACACCAGAAUUAAGGAUACCACGCGGUGAACUCAAAGCCCGAAUUUUCAUCAGAAGAGAGGACAAAAUGUCAAAUGAUUUUUUCGCCUCGCCCAUCGUCGAAUUUGCUGGGGUAACCAAGUGCACUAUUCGCGUAUACAUCGUGAGAGCUUUUGAUUUGAUCAGCAGACGAAAGGAUGGCACCUGUGAUGCUUACAUUAGUGUGAAAUGUGGAACAAAAAAGAAGAAAACUUUGCGAAAAGAUUAUCGACCAGGUUCACUGAAUCCCUUGUUUGGCCAGAUGAUUGAAAUGGAAGUGGAGAUACCAAUGGAUAAAAAUCUUGUGGUAUCAGUCAUGGAUCGUCAUCGUAUCUUUUCUGAUAAUGAAAUUGGACAUACGGUAAUUGAUUUGGAAAAUCGUCUUUUGACACAGUUUCGAGCUACCGUUGGUUUACCAAAGCAGUAUACAAUACGGGGACCACUUGUCUGGCGCGAUCAACUUACACCUCUCAGCAUAUUAAAACGGCAAAUGAACUAUCCUGCGCCAGAACUGCUAAUGAAAGGAAAUGAUGUCGGGAUCAUGAUUGCUGGAGUCGUGGUGUGGUUGAGUGAUAUUGAGAAUGUUCCUCUAAAUCAUGCGGAGAUUUUGGGCCGGCCGUUGCAACGAAUGAAUCUGGUACCAGAACAUGUGGAAACGCGACCGCUAUACAGUGCUGUCAAUACGGAUAGCGAGUGUGGUAAACUGGAAAUGUUUGUCGAUUUGUUCCCACAUGCAGUGGGAUCGGUACCUCCGCCCUUGAAUAUAUCACUUCGACGGCCUCAUGGAUUUCAGCUUCGUGUAGCAGUUUGGAGUGUUCGUAAUGUAAUUCUUACCAAGAGGACGAUGGGGAAACCGGCAGCAGAUAUCUAUCUGAAGGUUUUUUUUGAACGGAACAAGAAGUCGUCACUGUUGGUAGAUCCAGUACUCUUCGUUCAAAUCUGGGACAACAAUAAGUUUCGAAAAGAUGGCUAUAUCGGACAACUUGCCUUGGACUUGCUUUCUUUCGAUGGUAUUGGUGCUUUUGCAUUUGUUACAGUCGCGAUGGAAUUAAAAGAAAAUACGAUCUCUGAAUAUAUUCCUUAG